AAGGAAGAAAGGUUUCCGUUGUUGUCCAAGGAUGCUUCCUUUCACCUGCAUUUUCUUAAUAUGUAUUUUGGGUUCUUUGUCUUCAUUUGCUAGAGCUGCUUUCAAUCUUAGCCUCCCUCACCAACAUCCUGACCCUGAAUCUGUUGUUCAUGAUGUUCAAAGGAGAUUAAAUGUGUCGAUAUCAAGAAGACAAGCCCUCUCCGUAACCCAAAAAGAUCAAUGUCUAACGGGAAACCCCAUCGACGAUUGCUGGCGGUGCGACCCCAACUGGUACAACACCCGUCAACGCUUAGCCGACUGCUCCAUCGGCUUCGGACUAGGAACCCUCGGCGGAAAAGGCGGCCGAAUAUACAACGUCGUGGAUUCCUCCGAUCACGACGUUGCUAACCCCAAACCGGGCACACUCCGAUACGCCGUCAUCCAAGAUGAACCCCUCUGGAUCAUCUUCUCGACCAACAUGGUCAUCAAGCUCAAACACGAGCUCAUCUUCAACUCAUACAAGACCGUUGACGGCCGCGGCACGACCGUUCACAUAACCGGAAACGGGUGCAUAACGUUGCAGUAUGUUCAACAUGUUAUCAUACACAACAUCCACGUUCACCAUUGUAAGCCUUCGGGAAACACCGACAUUGCAUCUUCGCCGACGCAUGUGGGACGGAGAGGAAAAUCAGACGGUGAUGGAAUCUCCAUUUUUGGUUCCCAGAAAAUCUGGAUCGAUCAUUGCGCCCUGAGUUACUGCACCGACGGCCUUAUCGAUGCCAUCAUGGGCUCAACCGGAAUCACCAUAAGCAACAGCUAUUUUUCUCACCAUAACGAAGUCAUGCUUUUAGGCCAUAAUGACAGGUAUUUGGCUGAUUCGGGAAUGCAGGUGACGAUAGCGUUUAACCACUUCGGAGAGGCAUUGGUGCAAAGAAUGCCGAGGUGCCGGCUAGGGUACAUACAUGUCGUCAACAAUGAUUUUACUGCUUGGGAAAUGUACGCCAUCGGCGGCAGCGCUAACCCCACCAUCAACAGCCAAGGGAAUAGGUAUACUGCACCGGUGGACCACAAUGCUAAAGAGGUGACAAAGAGAGUGGAUACAGAUGAGAGAGAAUGGGCAGAUUGGAAUUGGAGAACCGACGGGGACUUGAUGGUUAACGGAGCGUAUUUUGUGCCGUCCGGCGCCGGCGUAAGUACUCAAUAUGCUAAAGCUUCGAGCGUCCAACCUAGAUCGGCAGCCUACAUCGAACAGCUCACUUUCAAUGCCGGCGUUUUCGGCGAGCCUAGGGAAGAGACUGGGAGCUUUACUUAUCCUGGAUCCGCCACCGGCUACAGCAGCACCGGCACCAACAGUGGCGGUGCAGGGCCCACUGAUGAUGGUAACUUCUUUGGAAUGAUAUUCGGGAGCGCCGCGCCACCGCCACCAACCCCACCACCAUUGACAUCAAUGGCUUCAACAUUUUUGUCUCUUUUAAUUAUUUUCGUUUUGUUUUCUAUCACCCACCAUGAUGCUCAACCUCCAUUAUUAUUGUUGUUAUAGAAAUUUAUAAAGGAAAAGGAAUCAAAAUUAUAGUUAUAAGAAAUGGAUGAUUUCUUUGAUUA